AUGCCCAACGACCCACCAGCUCCUUCCUCAGCGCCGCUCGGCGAGGCAGUAUCGGCCCCCGAAGCAACUGUCACUCCGCCAUCGGAGGCCAGCUUCGCUAGCCCUCCGCCGAUCGUGGAGUCACCAGCAGUGCCCACCUCUGCACCAGCUGCUCCAACCGAGUCCCCGCUCACCUCUGCACCGAUCGAGACAGCUCCCAUCGAGACCGCUUCCACUUCUAUCCCUCCUGUGCCUGCUGCAUCCGCGACAGUAUCUGCCACUAGCGCACCCGAGACAACCCCAGCCCCAGCUUCUGCCCCAACGCCCACGGCACCCGCAUCCAUUCCUCCCGCAUACCCCGUGAUCCCCGCCGCAGCCGCGGCCUUCCCUCCCACCGUAACGCACCUGAAGAACGCUCCGCGACCCCUCAGCACUUUACCCCAACAACUGAAGCGCCUUACGUAUGUCGUCUCCCUCCUCGUCGGCGGUUCGGCCCUCCUCGCUGGCGCAUGGAGUGUCUUCCUCCUCCCGCUACUACAUGCGACCUAUUCAGCACGUAAUGCGAUCGCCGGCGCGCAAAAGGACCGCUGGCGCGCUCUCCUCGAGAAGCUGCAACUCGUCCGCGGCCUCGGGAUGUUCCCCCUAGCCCUGAAUGCCGAGGAGACGGCCGAGCGCGACGAGGCUAUCGCAAAGAUCGAGGCCGAGCGGGCCGAGAAGGCUGCCGCGAAGGAACAGGAGAAGGACAAGCAGAUCGCGCUGCCUGGCCAGGAGCCAGAGAGCCCAAAGUCGGCCAUUACCAGUCUCGAGGACGAGUUCCCCCCAGCCACUAAGCCGCCCCCUGUCCCUCUCCGCGCUGAUGUUGGCGACCUUUCUGCCGCGCUUAAGGACCUCGCGGCCAACCUUGAUGCUACGGCUACUACCCGCACGUCGCUCGUUAGCACAUUGGAGGGAUACACUUCCGGGCUGCACCGCGAACUCUUCCUCGCUCGAUCGGGCGGGCCGAGCACACCAUGGGGACCGGUGCCGGGCGCCACCAACACUGGUCGCGUCGGCUUGGGUACCCUCAGCGCCAACCUCGCCAGCGCGGGUGGCAAGGUCGCCGGCCAACCCGAGCCGUCGCCACUCGGGAUCCCGCCGGCUCGGAGCGAGGAGUGGGACAACGUCCGCCGCGAGGUGCGCGCUAUCAAGGGCUUGUUGCUCAACCGCCGCAACUUUAACGUUCCAGCGCGGGCAGCUCCGACGAUGUUGGAGAGAGCAGAGUAG